GGGGCGCGGCGCGGGCGCCAUGGCGGCGGCAGCGCGGCCGCUGGCGCUGCUCACCAGCUGUGCCGCGGGCUUCGCGCCCGAGGAGCUCGUCAAACGUAUCACAGGAAAAGAUGACCUUACUGUGGGUGCAAUAACAAGUGGAAGAGUGAAUUUCUACCCCUGGACGAUAGAUAACAAAUAUUAUUCUGCAGAUAUCCACCUCUGUGUGGUCCCAAACACAUUCCACGUGACUGGAGAGAUCGCUGAGGCUGUGCAGGCAUUUGUUGUGUACUUUGACAGCACAACAAAAACUGGACUGGAGAGUGUCUCCGAAUGGCUGCCCCUGACAGAAGAGUGGCUGCCAGAAGUGAUGAUCCUGGUUUGUGACAGAGUGUCUGAGAACGGUGUAAACAGACAGAAAGCUCAAGAAUGGUGCAUCAAGCAUGGCUUUGAGCUGGUAGAGCUCAGCCCUGAGGAGCUGCCCGAUGAAGAUGAUGAUUUCCCCGAGUCCACCGGAGUGAAGCGCAUCGUGCAGGCCCUCAACGCCAACGUCUGGUCCAACGUGGUCAUGAAGGGAGACAGGACCCAGGGCUUUGGUCUCCUCAGCACCUUGGCAGGAGCACACAGGAGCCGUGGCUGUGAAGAGACCCCGGAGACAGAAUCUGACCCAUCUCCAGGAGACAGGGAAGGAUCCCAGUCAGAUGCUGGAGAGGAUGGGGCUGGCACAAACAGCCUGGAGCCUGACAGUGCUGCAGAUCCCAUGCUGGAUAUGGACAUCCAGGAGCUGGCCAGCCUGACCACGAGGGAUGGGGACCUGGAGAACUUUGAAAGGCUCUUCUCAAAGCUGAAAGAAAUGAAAGACAAAGCUGCCACGCUGCCUCACGAGCAGAGGAAGCUGCACGCAGAGAAGGUGGCCAAAGCCUUCUGGAUGGCGAUUGGAGGAGACAGGGAUGAGAUUGAAGGUCUCUCCUCGGAUGAAGAAAACUGAAUUCCUCUGUAGCUGGAAGUGCCAGAGCAACCCUGAGGGAAUGAUCCUUCCCUGAAUUAGUGUUCAUUGCCAAAAACCCCAUUUAGCUGUAGCUGCUUCCCUUGGUGACAGCAUUCCCCAUAUUCCACAUUCCACAACAUCUCCUGGCUCCAGAGGCUUUGUCUGACCGUCCUGUCUCCUCUCCCAGAGGACGUUGGAAGGUGACACGUGUGUGGUUCAAGGAAACAGUGAUGAGUUUACAUUUUUCAAAUGAACAUUUUUAUGAUUUCCUCUCUGGGGUUUAAACAAACAAAUGUGCUCCCAGUUAUCUCUGCACACAGGGCUGGGGCUUGGGAAGUGACUCCUGAAUUCCAAACUCCAUUUCUCAGCUGUAGGGCUCUUGGAUGGUUUCAUGGAGCUUUUCCCAGCUCAAACUGGCCAGAUUUGGAUGAGCCCUGAGGAGGAGGUUGCUGAGCUCCGUCCUGCCAAGUGCCAAAGCCGUUACAUGUGGCCCCAGGCUCGGAUUCUGUUUGGAUUUUGCCUGUGUAAGGAUGGGGGCUUCCCUGGAAUGUCAGGUGUUGUCCACAUUCCCUGGAUUCCCAGUGAAAUGCCAGAUUGCUGCUGCUGCUCCAGGGGUGGAAUUCCCUGCCCAAACCUUGUGCAAGGCCUGGCAGAAUGCACAGAGCUGCUCUGGGGGGCUCUGCCCUCAGUGCCCAGCGCUGGGAUCCCAAACCCCUCGGUGCCCCUGCAUGGGCUCAGUGCCCACCCUCCUGUGUGCCCAUCAGGCACAGGGCUCAGCGGAAUCCCCUUGUCCUGGAUGGAGUCCCCAUCACUUCCACAGCAGCACAGGGCACAGAGCCUCCGGAAUGACGGGCAGGGAAGGAAGGUGGAGCCUGGUGAAGAGCGAGAGAGAAAGGGGAGGUGCCACCCUGGCUCUGUGCAGGCACAGGCAGUGGAUCCGUGGGGAGAGGAUCCAACAGACUCCCAUGUAAAAGAGUCUGGCCCCAAGAACUUUUCCUUAUCCAUCUGAAAAUCCAUCCUGUUCAGCACCCUCAGUUAGGAAUUUCAGAAUUAACUUUUCUAAUGUCCCCAAAAUUGCCGAGUCCCAGGACACGGGUUUGCCAUCGAUUAUUGAUGGCUUUACAUUCUGCUGGCACUGUCACAGUGCUCCUUGAAUUCCCUUUUUAAUGACAAAGCAAAGGUGAAUGUAAAUCAUAAGUGUCUUGGAAUGCUGGGAAUCACUUCCUGAGUGGAAACUGCAGCGUUCAAGGACAAGAACUGCAGCCUCACUGGCAGUUUGGGAGGUGUUUCUCAGCUGAAGCCUGAGCAGGAGCUCCCCCAUGGUGAAACACCUGGGAAGAAUUCUGGAAUACUGAGAGAGCCAAGGAAACACCUGCCAGGGUCACCUUCCCAGGCAGCUGCAGGGCCCUGCUGUGACUGCACCUUCUCCCUUCUCCAACCUUUCCCCCAGCACAGAGCUGCAGGUGGCUCAUUCCAAGCAGGGAAUGGUUUCCAUGUUGGCUCCUCGGUAGCUGAAGAUUCUUUCUGCCCUUUCUAAAUCUUUGUUGUGCAAUGGUGAUAAAUGCCCAAAGUGCCAAGGGAAUAGAGUGGAGAAAAAAUGGACUUGGACACUUUAUAAACCCAUUCUUUAGACAUGUGACAGAGAUGUGACUUUUUAAAUUUAAUGAGAUCAUAUCAGUUAAUACCCAGUGCUUUGCUGCCUUUUUAUGAGGUAGCAGCAGCUCAUUCCCAUACUGAGAACUCUUUUAAACAUGAUUUAUUGUAAAUGUGGGUCUUGUGUGUAGGGGCACAAAUCAUGGAGGCAGGAAGUGUGGCUGGAGACACUGGGAAAUAAUUUAAUGAUCCUCUGAGGUUGUUGUGUUGUGGUUUAAAAUCAAGGUUUACUUUGCUGGUGGUUAUUUUUUUUGUGGGUUGUUUGGGGUUUUUCUGAAGAGACCCUUUGGUUUUGGCUACAGAAUUCCUUUACAAAAUAAGAAGUUACAGAAAUGAAUAAAAGGGGCAUUAGCGGAAAAGCA